AUGGUGAGACGGCUGCGGGAGACGCAGCGGAGCGCGAUCCUGGUCGCGGAGAUGGCGGCGUUGCAGGAUCAGUUCCUGCGCAAGCAGGCCGAUUUCGAGAACUUCCGCAGGCGACUUCACCGCGACAAGGAUGAGGCGAUCCGCUACGCGAACACCGAGGUUCUCCUGGACCUUGCAGACGUCAUCGACGGCCUCGAACGCGCCAUCCAGACCGGCGAAGACGCCGAUGUCGAGUCCCUGCGCGAAGGUGUGUCGUUGAUAGAAAAACAGCUCACCGGUCUGCUGGAGCGCAAGUGGGGCUUCUGCCGCUUCUCAUCGGAGGGGCAGCCGUUCGACCCGGAGCGCCAUCAGGCGAUCGCCUCGGAGGAAUCCGACGUCUAUGAGGUCGCCACCGUGGUGGAGGACUAUCAGAGGGGUUAUCUGCUUCACGAACGCGUAGUGCGCCCCGCUCGGGUGAAGGUCGCGCAACCGCAGAGCGGCUCGAACGAGGAUCCGGCAGGCGCACGGGGCGACGCGUCAGCCGAUACAAAGGAAGGCGAAUAA